UUUGCCGACUGUGUAGACACGAGCGUGUAAACAAACAGCACAUUAGCUGUGUGUUUUUUUUAAAUAUACAGUCUAUGGUUUUCAGACACGCGUACCUGUUGAAAUCGGGGGAUUAACUUAAUCUUCUUUUCCGGGUCCGGAUGGAGGUAUUCGGGAGCACGUUUGACGACUCGGUGUUUUUGGAGGCGAGAGACCGAGUGUCGGUGUCUCUGUCGUCUUAUAACGCCAAACUGUGUGAACCCGAGUGGUUUUGUGGGAGUACCGCCCUCGAUACAGAUGAUCCUUUGGAGAAGCAGAAAGUCUUUAAGUUUAGAGGUGACUUGGCUGUGAGACAGGGGAACUAUCAGAAAGCCUUGGAUGCAUACAGCAGCUGCCUGGAGUGGAUCGCUGACAACAACCUUACCAUCAGAAGAGAUGUGCUGGAGGGAAUGGCGCGAUGCUGCACCAAGCUGGGACAGAAAGAGAGGGCGCUGGAUUUGGCUGACAUACUGAGCAAAGAAGCCUCCAACACCAGUCAUCUGACCAGCCUCCUGCUGCUCAAGGUCAGCAUCUACCAGCAUUUUGGAGGUGUGGGAUCAAAGAUGUCAUCUCUGCAGCAGCUGUGUAGCCUGCUGCCCUUCAACCCCUGGCACUGGUACAACCUGGGGCAGACGUGUCUGCAGCAGCUGGAGCGCGACAGAACCACGGGAUCGUGUUCUCCACAGAGGUGUGAAUCAGGAGGAGAGCAGAAUGAUGGAGAGUCUGAGGAACAGGAGGAGGCAGAGCUCGAUGAGGACAGAAUAUGGCUGAAAGCGUGCACCUGUUUCAUCAGGACGAGACUCCUGUUGAGAAUCCUUCGGCAGCAGCAGUCUUCCUUUGUUUUGAAGCGCAGUGAAAGCACCCUACAGGCGACAGAUGAGGCGAUACAGCGCCUGAGUCCCAAAGAAACUACCCUGCAGUCUCUCACUGAGUUUCUCUCUUCCAUUUCCCAGGUGAUGUCAGAGGACCUGAUCCCGGAGAAGAUGAGGGAGGACUACCAGGAUGGGGAGAGUCUAUCCAGUGUGUGUGUGCAGAGCUUCAGGGAGCGCUGGUGGAACAAGGUCUUACUGGCAGGAGUGUUAGAAACUGACGGCCGUCAACAUAAGAUGCAGACAGACACAAAGUCCUGAUGCUCCAGUGAUGCCUGUUUACAGAGAGGCUGGCAGACAGGAAGGGACUGAAGAACACGCUGCCGAUGGUCCCGUCACUGUAUAGAUCCCAUCAAAGAGACUGGAUGAACUGAACGCCAGAUCCAGCUCCUAAAACACUUACUGAUAUCACAACAAGACGCCAUACAUGUGGAAAUACUCACAAAGACAGGUCAAAUGCUAACUUUUAAUGCUGUCAGUCUCAAAAAUACCAUGACAAAGCACACUAUUCAAAAGUAUAAAUCUCAUUCUUUAAAAGGUAACUUUCUCAUGUUUGCUUCUCCACCCAAGUGAAGUCGAGGGAGAACUGCUCAGUGAACGUAGUCAUAGUUAAUCCUACAGUAUCAAACACAGACCUACUGAUGUUUCAUCCACUUCACACUGUGUGCUAUAUGAUUAAUGACAGUGAUUAUGUAAUGCAGGAAACAAUGUGAGACAUUUUAAUUAUUUUAAAAUGUAAGUUUUGCCUUAACGUGUUCAUAUUUUAAAAUGAAUAAAAAAAUUACAUUUUUA